AUGUACGAAUCAUACCGGCCCCAUCCGCUGCUCGCCCAGGUCCCAUUAACUGUCUCCCCAUUCAUCAACCUCCCCAGCACAGUCACCCUCCCCUACACCUACAAAUCUGUUCCAUCGACGCUUCCUCCUUCUGUCACCGUCGACCCAAGCAAUCCCGAUGCCAAACCUCGUUACGUCAUCUCAGCCAGCGGGGAGCAUGCUGCAUCCCCAGAGGACAUCCUUGCCUCGUGCAAGGCACUCGAGCAACAUCUGAACAAGACGAAUACCGACGGCGAAAAGGCAAUUAAGAAUUGGCAAGAGUCAAUUUCCGCGCGAGAUCUCGCAGAGAAACGCCGUGUAGCCCCCGGUUGGCUCGAUCGCGACGAGAAGCUUCUACAGCCGAGUAAUGCAUCGCAUCGCCUUUCACAGGCGCAGCCAAACCAGAGUUUACUAGAUAGUGUUGCUCCAGACUCACCUGCCGCAGAGUUGCCAUCCAUGGCUCCGAGGAAUGAAGGCGAGGAGCUAGAUAGAGCUUUUGGCGGUCUCGACAUGAAGUGA